UACAAGUGCGGCUGUGCUUCACUCCGUUUGGGCUUUUCUGAAGCUGCGAGAGAUGGUCAGGUCCGGAUCUCGACCGGGCCAGGUAUUAUCUUCAGGAAAGCACACUGGACCUGCUAAAUUAACAAAUGGAAAGAAAGGGACCCAUUUGAGAAAGAUACCCCGUUUUAAUGCAGAUUCUGGCUAUCCCACUCAUUCUGAUUCAGAAAGUCAGACUGAAACUGUACAAGGGCUUGAUGGUUGUGCUUCUUUGCUGCGGGACAUUUUGAGAAAUGAAGAUUCAGGUUCAGAAAUAGCAUAUUCAGAAAAUAGAUAUAACCCCAGACCUGUAGAAAGCAAACGAUAUGGAUCUAAAAAGAAAGGACAUGAAAAACAUACUGUACCUUCUGUAGUCCGGAAGGAAAUUUUAUCUUCAGAUAAUAAGAAACAGAUUCCUAAUGAUGCUUCUGCUGGAAGUGAAAGAGACUCAUCAGAUAUACCGCAAAAUUGGUCACUACAAGAUCAUUAUAGAAUGUAUUCACCCAUAAUAUACCAAGCCCUCUGUGAGCAUGUGCAGACUCAAAUGUCACUGAUGAAUAACUUGGCUUCAAAGAACCGCCCUAAAGGAAUUCCUACUGCACCUUGCCACACUGUGUCUGGUUCUGAAUCUCAGGCAUCUCCAUAUUCUAAUUAUAGCUUAUCCACCUCUACCCCAGUCCAGUUACCUCAGCAACCACCCUGUCCUCCAGUGGUUCAUUCUGAAGUUCAGACUGAUGGUGGCAACCAGUUUGCAUCACAAGGUAGAACAAUUCCUGUGAACUGUACUGAUGAUGUUCUAAGGAAUUCCUUCAGUACAAGUCUUGGAGUUCCAUGUAGCCUGCCCCAAACUGACAAACCAGCUACUCCAACAUUUCAGCAGCUGGGUCUUGCUAAUGGAAUUCUCCCACAACAAAGAGUUCUUAAGGAACCGGACCUACUAAAGUGUUUCCAAACAUACACGAAACUGUUGCGUUCUCAUCCAGACAGUCGGACUUGCUGCAGCCCCACCCUAUUACAGCCAGAUUUCUUGGCUACUGAUGAAGAAAAAUAUGUGAAAGAACAAAUUGGAGAGGUCAGAAGUGAAAGAAAGGAUUUAAACAUACCCGUGCAAGAUACAAGAAUAAAGGAUGUGCAGAAUGCAAAAAAUGUGAACCAGAGUGCUGAAGAAGUUAGAACUAUCAAGUAUUUGUUGGGAGAGCUCAAGGCCCUGGUAGCAGAACAAGAAGAUUCAGAAAUUCAGAGGUUGAUUACAGAACUGGAGUUGUAUAUAUCUCUGCUUCCAACAGUAAAUGGAAACACAAAUAUUCAGGUUGAAAUAGCACUGGCCAUGCAACCACUAAGAAGUGAAAAUGCUCAUUUACGCAGUGGUGAUCACCAAGGCCCCUGCUCCAUUGUCUAUCAGUACACUUUGCAGAGGAUUGGAGGACACUUUCAGGUGCUUCUGCAGCACUGCAGUGUGGCAAAAACUCAAAAGUCAUCUGGUUCUCUGGAAUGCAACCUUGAAUUGUUUUCUCUUCAGUCAUUGAACAAGUCACUGCAAAAUCAAUUACAGGAGUCACUAAAGAGCCAAGAAUUACUACAGAGUAAAAAUGAAGAGCUUUUAAAAGUUAUAGAAAGUCAGAAAGAUGAAAACAAAAAAUUUGCUGGUAUAUUUAAAGAAAAAGAUCAAACUUUACUUGAAAAUAAACAGCAAUUUGACAUUGAGGCAACAAGAAUGAAAAUUGAAUUGGAGGAAGCUUUAGUCAAUGUGAAAAGCUCCCGGUUUAAGUUAGAAGCUGCAGAAAAGGAAAAUCAGAUUUUGGGAAUAACAUUACGUCAGCGUGAUGCUGAGGUGACUCGACUAAGAGAAUUAACCAGAACUUUACAGACCAGUAUGGCAAAGCUUCUCUCAGAUCUUAGUAUGGACACUGCUCGCUGCAAGCCUGGGAAUAAUCUUACGAAAUCACUUCUGAACAUUUAUGAAAAACAACCUCAACAUGACCCAAUCCCUGCUCACACUUCCAUAAUGAGCUAUCUAAAUAAGUUAAAACCAGUUCACACUAUUAUUACACGUUCAGAGCCAUUUUCUACAAUUAACAAUGAGGAAAACACAGUGCCAGGUAGACCCUAUGAAAAUGUUCUGCCCUCUGAAGGCCCUCAACAUUCUAAUGCUAGGAACAUGGUGGAAGCAUCAGCCCCUGGAAUCAUUUCUGCCCUUUCAAAACAGGAUUCUGAUGAGGAGAGUGAAAUUACAACUUUAAUAGAAGAUGAGUGUAAUUUGGAUAAGACAAUUUACAUUCCGUUUGCUAGAAGCACUUCUAAAAAGAAAUCACCACUAUCUAAGAGAUUAUCCCCCCAGCCACAGAUCAGUGUUGCUCCACCACAGAUGGUCAGUGGACUUGUUGCUGAAAAAGAAAAUAAAUUGUGUGCACCUGGAGUUUGUUCCUCUUCCAAAGAGGAAGGAGUUGCACCUGAGAAACUUUCCAGAACAGCUGAUAUGGAGGACAAGCAACUCCUCAAGAAAAUAAAGGAAGCCAUUUGCAAGAUCCCUCCUGCUGCUGAGGAGCCAGAGGAAUUGGCUGCGUGUCAUGGCCCCUCCACUUGUCAGAACAGCAGCAUUCAAGUGAAAAGUAGUGCAGUCUCUGAUGGUAGCUUUUUAAAUUCUGAUUUAACCUCUGACUGGAGCACUUCUUCUUUUUCAACGUUCACUUCUCGUGAUGAACAAGACUUCCGAAAUGGCCUUGCAGCACUGGAUGCCAACAUUGCUAGACUCCAGAAGUCUUUGAGGACUGGUCUUCUGGAGAAGUAAACUCAGAAGAAAAGUUGUUUUUAAGAAUAGAACUUGGCUACAUUGAAUAUAUAUUUUAAAUUUCUUUAAAGUUUUAUAUUAUGUGUGAAAUAAUAAAUUGUAUGAAUAGUAAAUUUAUUAUUGGAAUAUAUUGACACUGGAACUUUUAAAAACAAGUCAUCUUAAGAAAUUGACAUUUGCUAAGAGAAGAAAGUUGUGUGUAACUAGGAAAAUAUUGAAAGUAUUGUAAAUAAUAAUUUAGUAUUUAUCAAUUAGAGUUUAUUCUUAGUCUGCUGGGCUAAGGGUGCAGGUUGGAAGGAUUCUCUGGUUAUUAUAAAGGCUAAUGGGAAGGGAGUCUCUGGGUACAAUUUACUAUAUUAAAACUAGAGUUUCUUUU